GAUGUCAUUAGUGUCAAAUCACUUUGUCGUUGUCGAGCAAUGCGCGUGAUUUGUUUUGUGAACUAGUAAAUAAACUAAAUAACAUUACAGUAUUUAAAUAUCAUCGGUUCAGUUUUUGUUAUUGAAGAUUAUUAAACUCCAAUUGCUAAAACCGGCAAUAUUAAAAGAACAUCAUCAUGAGCACUCAAGAACAACAGGAGACUUCAAGAGUCACGAGGAAAUCCCUCAAAACACUUCAGCAUACGGCUUCAGAUCGAGAAAACUUAGUGGGUAGGCCAUCAAAAAGUUUGAAGCAUCAACUGAGUCAGGAGUCCCCUGUGGAUGUUGAGGUUAAAAGAAAGAAUUUGUCUACCAAAGAAACUCAAGCAAACUUGGAUACAACUAUAACUGUUGAUGAUUUGACAAAUCCUGAAGGUCCAUCAGAAAAAUAUUGGCAACUUCUUGCUGAGAAGCGCCAAGUUGCAUUACAAGAAGCAUUAGAUGAAAAUGAAAAAUUAAGAAAAAUAAUUGAAGAUCUUAAGGAAGAAAACACUCUCUUCAAACAGAUGCUGGACGAGGCUAACAGCUUUGUUGAAGUUAUCAAGGAGGAACUGGCCAAUAACUCCAACAACGACACUGGCAUUGAUGUUAAUGAUGUCAGCACUGCUGAUGAAACAACUGAUGAUGUGGAGACCAAGACUGCCAACCAAUAAUAGAGUCCUAAAGACCUAGGUCAGGGAUGGCAACCAAUGGCUCAUUGCCAUCGAUGGCAUGCAGCAAUAUUCUGGGCAUGUCAAAAACUAAAAUAAUUAAUAAAAAGAAAAAGCCUACAAAAAGGUUGGAUGUAGACAUCUUUGGUGUUUUAGAUGUAUUUAGGCAAAGGUGCCGCUGACCACGAGCAUCCCAUGAGCUUGUUGCUUCUAAACUACUAAUAAGAACAUAAUGAACAGUUUUAAGCAUUACCAUCUCUGUCCUCGGUUUUAACUUCAUGCCAAAUGUGUUUCUUAUAUCAUUAGUUGAAUAUUGUAAUAGUUGGAGAAACAUACCACAUCCAAUGAACUUUUAUUAAUCAUAAUGUUGGUUGAUAUUUGCAUAGUGUGCAAUUUAAUCAUAAUGUUUGUUAUUUACAUAGUAUUUUUUGUGUGAAACUGGACUUAAACAAACCUGCCCUUAUAAUUUAUGCAACUAUGUAAUAAUACUAAUAUAAGGUGGCAUUAAAUGCAUUGCUUAAUUAAUUUAUUCCGGUUAUGUUUGGGCAGUGAACACUAACACGUGUUAGUUGAGUAACCAUUCUUGUUUUAUUUUAUAACUUUGAUUUUUUUGCUACAAUUUUAAUUAUUUGAGUUUGAAAGUUCACUUAGCAUUAAGAAUUGCAUUUCCUGUAAUGUGUAUUUUUCUAUUUGUUUGUACUGUAAGCAGAAAAC